AUGGAAGUAUUGUGCCGGACAACUUGCGAGUGGAAGAAGGACUUCUUCCGGCAGCAGCAGGAGCCGCAGCAGCAGCAGGAGCCGCCGCAGGAGCAGCGGGAGCUGCAGCAGCAGCAGCGGGAGCUGCAGCAGCAGCAGCAGCUGCUGCAGCAGGAGCAGCAGCAGCUGAGGUGUCUGGGGACGUCCCAAACCCUCGGCGAGCGCCACGCGGGGGCAGAAGGCGAGGGAAGCGGCGAAGAUCAGCAGCAGCAGCAGCAGCAGCAGCAGCAGCAGCAGCAGCAGCAGCAGCAGCAGCCCGCGGCAGCGGCUGCGGCGGCAUUUGGGGAAUCUGUUGGUGUUUAG